CCCUCCUACCCUCCCCCAUCCCAGCCACCUGUUUCCCCCAUCUCCAGGUCCCCGUCGUCUCUUGUCUGUCCUCCGGAGCCCUGGGGCUGCCAGGAGCUCUGCAGGCUGUCCGUCCCUGGCUGCCUGGCUCGUGCCUGCUGCCCUCCAGGUGCCCGGCGUGUGACUGUCCCCUUAGCCACCAGCUGAGUGCGGCACAUGUCCCCCCCUCCUGCCAGGUCCUGAAGGCUGAGUAGCCAGCAGGAUGCCUGGUCUGCUGAACCAGAUCACAGGGGCUGCCCUGCCCCUCACCGCCUCCGAUGUCACCUCCUUCGUCAGUGGGUACGCCCUGGGGCUGACUGCCUCUCUCACCUAUGGCAACCUGGAAGCCCAGCCCUUCCAAGGCCUCUUCGUGUACCCACUGGAUGAAUAUACCACAGUGAUCGGCUUUGAGGCAGUCAUUGCCGACCGCAUCGUGACAGUACAGAUCAAGGACAAAGCCAAGAUGGAGAGCACCCACUUUGAGGGUACCCGCAUCCGAGGCACCACUGUCACAGGGAAGGUGGCUUUGGAUGAGGAUUUGGAGCGGAUCCUGUUCGUAGUCAACCUGGGGACCAUCGCCCCCAUGGAGAACGUCACUGUCUUUGUCAGCACCUCCUCGGAGCUCCCGACGCUGCCCAGCGGGGCUGUGCGGGUCCUGCUGCCUGCCGUCUGCGCCCCGACCGUGCCCCAGUGCUGCACCAAGAGCAUCGGCCCCACCACCCAGCAGACCCAAGGCAAAGACAAGCAUUGCUUCGGCACCCGCUCUCUGGACUCCUGGAGCAAACUAUGCCUGGCGUCUCUCCUCGACACCAACGUGUCCAACCCCAUGGAGUAUGAGUUCAACUUUCAGCUGGAGAUUCGUGGGCCAUGCCUGCUCGCAGGGGUGGAGAGUCCCACCCACGAGAUCCGAGCUGACGCCGCCCCGAGUGCACGGUCAGCCAAGAGCAUCAUCAUCACCUUGGCCAACAGGCACACCUUCGACCGGUCCGUGGAGAUUCUCAUCCACCCCAGCGAGCCCCACAUGCCACACGUCCUGAUGGAGAAAGGGGACAUGACCCUGGGAGAGUUUGAGCAGCACUUGAAAGGAAGAACGGAGUUCAUUAAAGGGAUGAAGAAGGACAGCAGGGCAGAGAGACAGACAGAAAUCAUCCGGAAACGCCUCCACAAGGACAUUCCCCACCAUUCGGUCAUCAUGCUCAACUUCUGCCCUGACCUCCAGUCGGUCCAGCCGAACCUGAGAAAGACCCAUGGGGAGUUCAUCUUCCUCAUUGACCGGAGCGGCAGCAUGAGUGGGACCAACAUUCACCGUGUCAAGGUACCUGUAUGA